UCCUUUCUCUUAAAACCGCACCGCAAACCCGGGGGAGCAUUUAUUGAUGAGUUCAUAGAUGGCAGAGGAAGUGUUAUUAGCAGAAGAUGGGAAAUGUGUGGGGUCUCUCACCAAGUCGCUGCUGGCCGUGGCUUUCCUGGCCUCGUUCGGUAGCUCCAUGCUCUAUGGCUACAACCUGGCCGUCGUCAACUCUCCUGCAGAGUACAUCAAGGCAUUCUAUAACCAGACGAUGGUAGCAAGGAACGGGACGGGUCUGGACGACAAGACUCUUACGUUGUUCUACUCUGUCACCGUGUCUGUGUUUGCCAUCGGGGGCAUGGUGGGCAGCCUCAUGGUGGGCAUACUAGUCACCAGAUUUGGAAGGAAAGGCACCCUGGUGAGAAUCACAUGUCUGGUGUUUAUAGGUGGAGCCUUCAUGGGCUUCAGCAGGACCUUCGGCUCUCCAGAGAUGAUCAUUGUUGGACGCUUCAUCACAGGGGUACACUCAGGUAUCUCUCUGAGUGUGGUGCCAAUGUAUCUUGGGGAGAUAGCACCUAAGAACCUGCGAGGCUUCCUGGGCCUCGUGCCUAGCAUCUUUAUCUGUCUAGGAGUCUUCAUCGCUCAGAUCCUGGGGCUACAUGAACUACUGGGAAAGGAAGAGCACUGGCCCCUCUUCCUGUCUCUGGUGGUGAUCCCCACAAUGUUCCAGCUGAUGCUGUUGCCAUGGUUCCCAGAGAGCCCGCGGUACCUGCUCAUAGAGAAGAGAAAUGUCCACGCCACCAUCACAGCUCUGAAGUGGUACCGCUCCAAAGUGAACAUCCAGGCAGAGAUCGAGGAGAUGCAGGAGGAGCAGCGGUCCAUGUCCUCGGUCCAGACCGUGUCGGUCUUCGGUCUGCUGAAGGACCGGAGUGUCCGCUGGCAGGUCAUCACUAUAGUGGUGGUCAAUAUCGGCAUGCAGCUGUCCGGUAUCGACGCGAUCUGGUUCUAUACCAACGCCAUCUUUGAGAACGCAGGUAUCCCAGUCCCUCAGAUCCAGUACACCACGGUUGGAACCGGAGCCAUCGAGGUUAUCGCUGGAUGCGUAGGGUGCUUCACCAUUGAACGGCUGGGCAGAAGACCUCUGAUGAUUGGUGGAUUCACCUUCAUGGGAAUUUGCUGUGCAGGGAUCACACUCUCCCUCAUGUUCCAGUCCCACUACAUCAGUGUUGCCUGUGUGGUGGGGAUCAUCGCUGGCUUCUGUAUAGGACCAGCUGGAGUGCCCUUCCUGAUUACAGCAGAGCUGUUUAAACAGUCCCAUCGUCCGGCUGCCUACACCGUGGCUGGAUGCCUCAACUGGCUGUCCAACUUCACCAUCGGCUUUGUCUUCCCCUUCCUACAGAUGUCGGCAGGGGCCUACUGCUACCUGGUGUUCUUUGGCGUGUGCACAGCAGUGGCGGCCUACGUCUUCUUCAUCGUCCCCGAGACCAAGAACAAGACAUUUGUGGAGAUCAGCCAGAUGUUCGCGGCCAGGAACGGCAUGCUGGAGGAGGAGAGCAGCGAACUGGGCGUCUUUAACAGCCUCAAACUCGCCAAGAUGAACGGCUAUGGUGCCGUCGACCUGGAGUACGAAGUGAUAGAGAAUAAGAAGUAGAGAAGGGGAAAGGGGGAGGGAGAGAGAGACGUCAGUAGUCUUAAAGUGUCUCUUCAUCUGUACUGAUCUGAAAACACCCCACUGGACACAGACGUCAGUAGUCUUAAAGUGUCUCUUCAUCUGUACUGAUCUGAAAACACCCCACUGGACACAGACGUCAGUAGUCUUAAAGUGUCUCUUCAUCUGUACUGAUCUGAAAACACCCCACUGGACACAGACGUCAGUAGUCUUAAAGUGUCUCUUCAUCUGUACUGAUCUGAAAACACCCCACUGGACACAGACGUCAGUAUUCUUAAAGUGUCUCUUCAUCUGUACUGAUCUGAAAACACCCCACUGGACACAGACGUCAGUAGUCUUAAAGUGUCUCUUCAUCUGUACUGAUCUGAAAACACCCCACUGGGCACAGACGUCAGUAGUCUUAAAGUGUCUCUUCAUCUGUACUGAUCUGAAAACACCCCACUGGACACAGACGUCAGUAGUCUUAAAGUGUCUCUUCAUCUGUACUGAUCUGAAAACACCCCACUGGGCACAGACGUCAGUUAAACGUCUAUUUUUGAUUUCCAUUUGGUUGAGUCGUCAACUAACGUGAAGACAAUGUGAAAUCAACAUAAAAUGUCACCAUGAUAUUGGCUUUAGGUUCAAAGUUAGUUGAAAAAAAGCCAAAAUUCCCUUUUUGCAAAUCGAAAUCGUUUCCCACAUUGAUUCAACGUCAUCACACUGAAUAUAUUUGUUGAAAUGAUGUGGAAACAACGUUGAUUCAACCAGUUUUUGCCCAGUGGGACAGAGUAGGUUAAAGCAAUGUGGUGGACUUGGUGGACUUUGCUUUCCCCUGCCCAGUUAGUGCAGACAACGGAAAAAUUUGUUCAGUAUUUCAUUUCGUUCUUCUUCUGAAUCUGUGUUCAUGUGUUACAGACUCCUGUGUCAGUCUACAAAACCUCUGAUGUAAGAACUCUAGGAUAGUGUCUGUGGUGGUGUUUUAAUGUUUUCUCAAUGGGCGUAUAAGUUGAAUUGUGUCCAUAUCUAUGGAAAGUGAAAACAUUUUCAGACAGAAAUCUAUCUCCAUACCGUUCCAAAAUGUAACAUUUAAUGUCACCAGUUGUACAGUAACCUACAUUGACUCUAUGUGCUGUUUGGAAGUCAGCGCAUCUACAACCAUCGGGUUUCACUCUCCUCUCGGUUAUAUGUGCCUCUCUCUCCGUGAAUCACGCUGAGUCUUCUUUUCUCAAUCUGGCUGAAAACCUUUUCCGACAAUGUAGAGUACAGAGGGAAUGUAUUUAUUUAAUGACACAGCAACAGUAUCAUGAUAUGAAUGCAGUAUCUGACUUGACCGUUUUCCUGAUCACUGGUUUUGACAGAAAAUGAGGUCAGAACACGUCACAUGAAUGGUAUAGUUUUAGGAACCCUUUCGGGUGUUUAUAAUGCCUUAAUAACAUAUCCAUAGCACAUUAUAAGGUGCUAUGAUCGCGUAUAAGGCUUCAUAAGAAGGUGCUCCAAGUGUUAGUGUCUUUGAUCAUGUUUACCUUGCUUAGCUGAAGAGAGAACCAAUAACUUGAGUUUGCUUGUUUAUGUUUUUUUCCUUCUCUCUUUUGCGUAAGAGUUUGUAAAUGUGGCUACUGUAGUAGUCAUUCCAUAUUCCGAGGCAAGAUAAGUUAUAUAUCAUACGUUAUAUCGUACAUGUUAAACAGAUGUGCACAAGAAAGUGUGUAGGAGGAUAUAUACAGUAUACACUGAGUGUACAAAACAUGAGGAACACCUUCCUAAUAUUGAGUUGCACCCCC